AUGCUAUCCACCGUGUUUAGAAACGCAAUCAAAGGCUCAACAAACAAGUUGAGACAAUUCACUACCAGUAGCUAUGAAUCUACAUUGAAGAAUUUACUCGUGACAAAGCAAACCAAAGUCAUCUGUCAAGGCUUUACGGGCAAACAGGGAACAUUUCAUUCUGAAGAAGCCAUUGCAUUUGGCACCAACAUGGUAGGCGGUGUAUCACCCAAGAAAGCUGGUACAACACAUUUAGGGUUACCAGUCUUUGGUACAGUGCAAGAGGCUGUCAAUGAAACAAAGCCAGACGCUUCUGUGAUCUAUGUACCACCGCCUUUUGCCGCUGACGCCAUUAUGGAAGCCAUUGAGGCUGAAAUUGGACUCAUUGUGGCCAUCACAGAAGGCAUUCCGAUUCAUGACAUGAUGCGAGUAAAACAAGCUUUAUUGACGCAAACAAAAAGUCGUCUCGUAGGGCCCAAUUGCCCGGGAUUGAUCCGUGCGGGUGAGUGCAAGAUUGGCAUCAUGCCAGCGAGUAUUAUCAAGCGAGGCAAAAUUGGUGUUGUGUCCAGAUCAGGCACAUUGACCUACGAGGCUGUACAGCAAACAACCGAUGUUGGGUUAGGCCAGACAUUGUGCAUUGGUAUUGGAGGAGACCCUUUGAAUGGCACGACGUUUAUCGAUGUGUUGAAGGUGCUGCUGAAUGAUGACGAGACAGAAGGUAUUGUUCUGAUAGGUGAAAUUGGCGGUUCUGCUGAAGAGGAUGCUGCUGCUUUCUUGAAAGAAUACAACAUGAAGCAACAGUUCAAGCCAAAGCCCGUUGUUUCGUUUAUUGCUGGCAUGACUGCACCACCCGGCCGCCGUAUGGGCCAUGCAGGCGCUAUUAUCGCUGGCGGAAAGGGAGGAGCCAUGGAUAAGGUCAAGGCACUUGAAAAGGCAGGUGUUGUUGUCACUCCAUCUCCAGCCAAGAUUGGUGCCACCAUGUAUCAGACAAUGAAAGAACAAGGACUCAUCUUGUGA